GCGGCGGAGGGACACGUCACUUUACAGGAGGCGGGGACUGUCUGAGGUAAACCGUAUAAAUAGGGCUGGGUCUGCGUCACGCAGGCAGAUAACAGCUGCUGUGAAGAAGAGCUGUGUUGCGGGCGAGCAAGUCCCAGGGCCGGAGACUUCAACAUGCAGAUCUUUGUGAAGACCCUGACUGGCAAGACCAUCACCCUUGAGGUUGAGCCCAGUGACACCAUUGAGAAUGUCAAGGCCAAGAUCCAGGACAAGGAAGGCAUCCCCCCUGAUCAGCAGAGGCUGAUCUUUGCUGGCAAGCAGCUGGAAGACGGACGCACCCUGUCCGACUACAACAUCCAGAAGGAGUCCACCCUGCACCUUGUGCUGCGUCUGAGGGGUGGCAUGCAGAUCUUUGUGAAGACCCUGACUGGCAAGACCAUCACCCUUGAGGUUGAGCCCAGUGACACCAUUGAGAAUGUCAAGGCCAAGAUCCAGGACAAGGAAGGCAUCCCCCCUGAUCAGCAGAGGCUGAUCUUUGCUGGCAAGCAGCUGGAAGACGGACGCACCCUGUCUGACUACAACAUCCAGAAGGAGUCCACCCUGCACCUUGUGCUGCGUCUGAGGGGUGGCAUGCAGAUCUUUGUGAAGACCCUGACUGGCAAGACCAUCACCCUUGAGGUUGAGCCCAGUGACACCAUUGAGAAUGUCAAGGCCAAGAUCCAGGACAAGGAAGGCAUCCCCCCUGAUCAGCAGAGGCUGAUCUUUGCUGGCAAGCAGCUGGAAGACGGACGCACCCUGUCCGACUACAACAUCCAGAAGGAGUCCACCCUGCACCUUGUGCUGCGUCUGAGGGGUGGCAUGCAGAUCUUUGUGAAGACCCUGACUGGCAAGACCAUCACCCUUGAGGUUGAGCCCAGUGACACCAUUGAGAAUGUCAAGGCCAAGAUCCAGGACAAGGAAGGCAUCCCCCCUGAUCAGCAGAGGCUGAUCUUUGCUGGCAAGCAGCUGGAAGACGGACGCACCCUGUCCGACUACAACAUCCAGAAGGAGUCCACCCUGCACCUUGUGCUGCGUCUGAGGGGUGGCAUGCAGAUCUUUGUGAAGACCCUGACUGGCAAGACCAUCACCCUUGAGGUUGAGCCCAGUGACACCAUUGAGAAUGUCAAGGCCAAGAUCCAGGACAAGGAAGGCAUCCCCCCUGAUCAGCAGAGGCUGAUCUUUGCUGGCAAGCAGCUGGAAGACGGACGCACCCUGUCCGACUACAACAUCCAGAAGGAGUCCACCCUGCACCUUGUGCUGCGUCUGAGGGGUGGCUAUUAGUUAUUGUGUAUCUUGCUCUACAAGAUUGCCAAUAGCAUUUGGUCUUUUUGCACUGUAGUCCUGUAAUGUCUUAAUACUAAGUUAAAUGCAAGGUUAAUGCAAGCUUAAGUAACUGCUGAACUGUCUGUUUAAAUGCUAAUAAAGUUUUAUGUUGCACAUCAA